AUUGCAUCCGUUGACGCCACUACGUUUGUUAACUUUCUUCAUAAAUUGCACCCAUUUUACAGGACAAGAGAAAAAAAAAUUAACAACAGCAUGGAGAUUCUAGAAACUAAGAAAAACGAUUCAAUUCAACCAACCUCACAACUUUUGAUUCAACCCACCUCGCAAUUAUUAUGCAACUGUUUAGCUAAUUAUUUAAUUAACGAGAUCAAUUUUGAUAAAACUUCAAAAGAAAUUGACUUAACACAAAAUACAAGUUGUAAAAUCUCUUGUAAUCCUAACAGUUCUUUUUGGGAUUUUUCAAACAACCACGGUCCCGAACAAUGGCAGAAAAAAUGGAAUUUAACAACAAGACAAUCUCCAAUUGAUAUUGUUUUACAAAAUGUGGAACACGACGAAAAUCUAAAAACUUUAAAUUUGGAUUUUCAAAGAAUUUUAGUUGAUGUGACCAACAUUGGAUGGAAUGUGUCUUUUAAGGCUAAUAACAAUAAACAAAUUUCUUUGAGCGGAGGAGCGUUGACUUAUAAUUAUGCUUUUCGUGAAAUGCAUUUUCACUGGGGAGAAGUUUACGAAGGUAAGUGCGAACUUGGUUGCGAACAUACUAUUGACGGCAAAAGAUAUGCUGCAGAAUUUCAUGCAGUUCAUUGGAACACAGAUUUAUACGCAACAGAAUCUGAAGCUAUUGCAAGUCCUGAUGGUUUAGCUGUUGUCGGUGUACUUAUAGAUGCAAAUGAAUCGUACGAUAACAACGAAGAAUUCGAAGUGUUUCUUGAGAUGUUUGAAAAAGUUCCGUAUAUGAACAAUACUGCUUCGUUUAUGGUAGAUCCUUAUCUUUUGUUACCUAAAAAUACAAAUCAUUAUUUUACUUAUCCUGGAUCUUUGACAAUGCCACCUCUUACAGAAAACGUCACGUGGACACUCUUUACAGAACCAGUAAAAAUCUCUAUCAAUCAGCUGGAGAAAAUGAGCAGAAAUUAUCCUCAAGAAUAUUCUGAUUUAGAAUGCUCUUUUAAGUUUCAACGUCGAUCUGAAUCUACAACAAUAACUAAUAAUUAUCGAUCAACACAACCCAUAAAAGAUCGAGUGGUCAAAUCUUCAUUUACAGCGUAAGCAACUAAG